AUGGAAUUUGAUGAUGAUCCUGAAAUUAAUUUAUCAAUACCAGUAAUUAACAUAAAGAGUUGUCUGAUGACACCUUGUGGUCAUAACUUUUGUGAACGUUGUAUUCUAGAAUGUAUCAAUAGAAAUCAUAAAUGUCCAUGUUGUAAUGCACCCGCCACCAAAGAUAAACUGAUAAAGAAUCAUCAACUAGAAAAAAUAAUAUCGAUCAUUGAAUUUGAAAAAGAAGAAUCAUCGAAAAGAUAUUUUAAUAAUUUAAUAUAUAAUAACAAUCAACAACAACAAGUUGUACAACAAUCAAAUGCUAAAAAACCAAUACUACAUCCUGUACAAGAGUUAUUUAGUAAAUAUUUAAAAACAUCACUUUUAGCAUAUGAAGAUUUCUAUAAUCAAUUGGCACAGAAACUAGAGGAGAAUAAAAAGAUUUUGGAAAAGGAGAGAUUGGAAUCUAUAAAGAAAUAUGAAAAUCAAGUUGUCAUGUUGGAUCAAGUAAAAGAAGAGUUUGCAUACAAACAAGAUAAACUAGUGAAAAGCCACCAGAAUACACUGGAUCUCUUUUUGAAAUCGUUUGAAGAUCAUCUAAAAAAGACUGCUGUUGCACCGAAUUUCGUGAACAUUCAGGUCUCCAUCGUCAUUUCAUCAAAGAAUAUUACAUUUGAACAUAUUUCAUUGAAACCCUCAACAACAAUAAUAGAUAUUAAACAAUUGAUUAUAGAUAGAUUUAAUCAGAAAGGUGGAGAAUCUGCAUUUAUAAAGUAUAUGGAUGAUGCUCGACUGGUUGCUCAACUACCGAUUGCAUCGGGUGGCAAAGAGAUUGCAUUGGAUGAAGAUAUCAAACCACUUUCACUAUAUGAGAUUGUACAUGGAUCUAAAAUCAUAUUAAAGGGGGAUAUACAACUAUACGAAGAUUUACCAAAACAAUGUUUUGCAGCAACAUAUAAACCAGGUGAUACAAUGGAUUAUUUCAAAUGUUUGGAUUGUAACUACAGUUGGAUCUGCAAACAAUGUUCGAAUCACUGUCACAAAGGUCAUAAAACCAUACCUUAUCUUGUAAAUCAUAAAGCAUCAUUUGCAUGUUGUUACGAUACCAAAAACAAAUGUAUAUUAUCAAAUAAAUAA